AAAAAUCCCAUCAGCUGCCUUACUAGACCACCCACUUUACAUUUCAUUAUUAGCUCUCUUUCUCUCCGCCUCUUUCCCUUCCUCUCGCCACACCGCACCACCAUCUUCACCUUCUCCCCCAUAACAGUCGCCACCUUUUCCAAUAUUCUUACAAAACAAAACAAAAAGAAAAAACCAAAUUCAGUCCUUUGCUUUUCCUUAACCUUUUCCCAAGAUUCCAAAAAAAGAUUUUUUUCCCCUUUUUGCUAAUUCUGCAGUUUCUAUUUUUUUAUUUUCUGAAAGUUAGUUAUGGAGCCGCCGGAGAGCAGUAAUAAGGACGGUCACGGCUACGAAUCGGCGGAGAAAAUAAUUCUACGGUGGGAUUCAACGACAUCGGAAGAAGCAAGAGAGAGAAUGAUCUUCGAAACGGAUCGUCAGGAAGCCGAUCUUUACCUCCAGGCCGUCGAUGAAAUCCAACGGUCCUUAUCCAACGCGUCAAUCUCAUCCUCUUCCAACAACGCCGCCGAUGAACAGUCAAAAGUCGACACCACAAUCCAGAUCGCCAUGGCUCGUCUCGAAGACGAGUUCCGCAAUAUUCUUAUCACUCACACAUCCGCUUUAGAAACCGAUUCUCUCGUCGAUCCCAUGUCGUCUUCGACAUCAACUCCUUCUCUUCACGAGCUCGAAGAAGACGACAGCUUAAGCAGCCACGGUAACAGUAGCAACCACCUUCUCCAGCUUCAGCACUGUGAAUCUUCGGAUAGUUCGAGUUACCGAUCUACGAGCAGUAUCCGAGAAGUGGAUCUGAUGCCGGCCGAAGCGAUUUCCGAUUUACAGGCGAUUGCGAUGAGGAUGAUCUCGUCUGGUUACUUGCGUGAGUGUAUUCAAGUGUACGGGAGCGUGAGGAAAUACGCCGUUGACUCGAGUUUUCGGAAACUCGGAAUCGAGAAGCUCAGCAUCGGAGAUAUUCAAAGGCUUGAAUGGGAAGCUUUGGAGAGUAAAAUUCGGCGGUGGAUUCGCGCGGCUAAAGUUUGCGUCAGGAUUUUGUUUGCCAGCGAGAAGAAGCUUUGCGAACAAAUCUUUGAGUGUGUCGGAACGGAUAUCGAUGACGCGUGUUUUAUGGAAACUGUUAAAGGGCCAGCAAUUCAGUUAUUUAACUUCGCGGAAGCUAUAAGUAUAAGUAGGAGAUCUCCUGAAAAGCUUUUUAAGAUUCUUGACUUACAUGAUGCUUUGAUGGAUUUGUUGCCUGAUAUUGAGGCGGUUUUCAAUUCGAAGUCAUCGGAUUCGAUUCGAGUUCAGGCUGCGGAGAUUUUGUCCAGGUUGGCUGAGGCGGUACGAGGGAUUUUGUCCGAAUUCGAAAACGCAGUUUUAAGAGAGCCGUCGAGAGUGCCUGUCCCUGGUGGGACGAUCCAUCCUCUGACUAGGUAUGUUAUGAAUUAUAUCAGUUUGAUAUCUGAUUAUAAACAGACUUUGAUUGAGCUUAUAAUGUCGAAACCGUCUACGGGUUCGAGGUAUUCGGGUGAUCCAUCCACCCCGGAUAUGGAGUUUGCUGAGUUGGAAGGCAAAACCCCUUUAGCUUUGCAUUUGAUUUGGAUUAUUGUUAUUUUGCAAUUCAAUUUGGAUGGCAAGUCUAAGCAUUACAGAGAUGCAUCUUUGGCACAUUUGUUUAUAAUGAAUAAUGUUCAUUACAUUGUUCAGAAGGUUAAAGGGUCGCCCGAGUUGAGGGAAAUGAUUGGGGAUGAUUAUUUGAGGAAGUUGACAGGGAAGUUUAGGCAGGCCGCCACGAGUUAUCAGAGAGCUGCUUGGGUGAGGGUUCUGUAUUGUCUGAGAGAUGAAGGGUUGCAUGUGAGUGGGGGUUUUUCUUCUGGGGUGUCCAAGAGUGCGUUGAGGGAAAGGUUUAAGACUUUCAAUGCUCUGUUUGAGGAGGUUCAUAGGACUCAAGCAACAUGGUUGAUACCUGAUGCUCAGCUUAGGGAGGAACUAAGGAUUUCUAUGUCCGAGAAGUUGAUCCCUGCUUACAGGUCGUUUCUUGGGCGGUUUAGGAGUCAUAUAGAGAGUGGAAAGCACCCAGAGAAUUACAUCAAGUAUUCAGUUGAAGACUUGGAAACUGCUGUGUUGGAUUUCUUUGAGGGAAACCCUGUGUCUCAGCACUUGAGGAGGAGAUCUCAGUGAAAGGAGUGGAGGUGAGGUGAGGUGAGUUGAGUUGAGUUUUGCCAUGGUAGAACUAGGAGACAUUCUUUCAAUUUUUUGUGGGGGUGUUUGGGCCAUGUGGAGCUGGUGAAUCUGGGCUGCCCUGAGCUCUCCAAUCUGUUUAAUAAUGGUUGAUUGAAUUAUUUUUUAAUGUUGAGAAAGCAACAAGUUGUUUGGGAACAUCAGGUGUUAGCAUUCCAGAAUAGCCAGGCGCCGAAGCCUGGAUGCUUUCUGCACUGUAAGCAUUAUGUUGGUUUUGUUACCACAUUCUAGAUUUUGUUCCAUUUGUUCAUACGGUUAAUGUUGCAUUUGUAAUUUUAUAUGUGUGUUUGCUUUUAUUAUUAAUUAUAUGAUAUGGAGAUUUUUUUUUAAAA